AUGGAUCAAGAGGUCUACAGCAACUUAAACGAGGUCUCUCUGGACAAACCCAUGUCCUGUAGGACUGAUGCCCGGAUCAGGCUAUUCCUCUACCUGUUCAUGGCUGGGACCCUGGUCCUUUGGGCCAUUCUCCUCAUCAUUGUGCUGACCAAGGCCUCUGAGGCCUCGACUGGGUUGAAGCGGCUGCAGGAAGCCCAGACUAGGCUGAGCACGAAUGACUCUGUGGCCAAGAACAAACUCCAGACCCUGGAGAGUCAGCUGUCGGACCUGAAAUCUCAGAUGACAACGAAGUUAGCCCAGGCCGGAAAGGACCGAGAGGAUAUCCGCAGCGAGAUGUUCCGGGCGCUGGCGGCUUCCAAGAUUGGAAACACUUCCUGCACUCCCUGUUCUCCCCCCUGGAAGGCCUUUGAGGGCUCCUGCUACUAUUUGUCUCGGACCACGUCCAACUGGCAUGAUGCAUUGAAGAAAUGCACUGAGAAGGAGGCUCAUCUGGUCAUCAUCAAUUCGCGGGAGGAGCAGAACUUCUUGAUCUGGAAUUUAGAUGACAAAGGGUACUGGAUUGGACUCACCUCUGUACGAGAUGGUUCAGGAAAGGUUCAGCGCCACAGAUGGAUUGAUGAGACAGAUCUCACCUUCACUUACUGGAAUCGGGGGGAACCCAAUGACUCUGGAGAUGAGGAGGACUGCGUCACGUUGCUGUCUAAUGGCCGAUGGAAUGAUGCCCCCUGCCACACUGAUUUGGAGAACUGGAUCUGUGAGAAGAGGCAGAGCUGCUGAGCUGGGCCCCUGUAG